AUGGAGCCUGGAUCAGUUGUCAGUGCUCUGCGGAGCCAGAGGGUUUUGUAUGGAAAGGGAAUUCAACCGGCAUUUAUCAUUAUUAAAGAAGGAAAGAUUCAUAGCAUACUUCCUGAUUCAGCAGCUUCAAUGAACACAGCUGGAGAGGUAUUGGAUAUGGGGAACAGUCUGGUUAUGCCAGGUUUAGUGGACUGUCAUGUUCAUGUUAAUGAGCCUGGUCGCACCAGCUGGGAAGGGUACUGGACCGCCACACAAGCAGCAGCUGCUGGGGGGGUGACCACUAUUGUAGAUAUGCCUCUAAACAGCAUCCCACCAACUACAACUGUUGGAAAUUUUCAAGAAAAGCUUUAUGCAGCUACUGGAAAAUGUUUUGUAGACACAGCAUUCUGGGGAGGGGUCAUCCCUGGCAACCAGCUGGAGCUGAGGCCUAUGGUCCAGGCUGGCGUGGCUGGGUUUAAGUGCUUCCUGAUUCACAGUGGAGUAGAAGAAUUUCCUCAUGUAAGUGAUGCUGAUCUGCAUGCAGCUAUGAAGCAGCUCCAGGGCACAGACAGCGUUCUCCUGUUUCAUGCAGAGCGAGAAGUCCAACAUCUAAUCCCUGAGAAAGGAGAUCCAUGUAAAUACUCCACCUUUCUGAGGUCGAGACCUGACAUUAUGGAACUUGAGGCCAUCCACACAGUCACUCAACUCUGCCUUCAGUAUCAAGUACGAUGCCACAUUGUGCAUCUGUCAUCAGCACAACCUCUGGAGCUCAUUAAGGCAGCUAGACAGGCAGGAGCUCCCCUAACUGUGGAGACCACACAUCACUACCUCAACCUGUCUGCUGAGAACAUCCCAGCAGGGGCCACUCAUUUCAAGUGCUGCCCCCCCAUACGCAAUGCAGGCAACCAGGAGCUCUUGUGGUCUGCAUUAAAAUCUGGUGACAUAGACAUGGUUGUGUCCGAUCACUCACCCUGCACGCCUGACCUAAAGUGUUUGGACAGUGGGGAUUUUACACAGGCAUGGGGAGGCAUCUCUUCUCUGCAAUUUGGUUUAUCUUUGUUCUGGACAUCAGCUGCUAAAAGAGGUUUUUCACUUUCUGACGCAGUAAGACUCUUGUGUAAAGAGCCUGCCCAGCUCUGUCGCCUUGACAACCAAAAAGGGAGUCUCAUUCCGGGUCAUGAUGCAGACUUCGUAAUUUGGGAUCCAGAAAAAGAGUUUACAGUUAAAGAAGAACGAAUUUAUCACAAAAACCAACUGACUCCAUACAUUGGUCUUUCUCUUCUUGGGGAGGUGAAGAGCACUAUAGUCCGGGGGAGGGUGGUUUACAGUCAUGGCUCUUUUAGUUCCCAGCCUUUGGGGAAGCAUCUGCUUAUCCAACACAAGACGCAUGCCUUUCUGUAA